CUUGCCUCGGACCCUCUGUGAGCAGAGGCUGCGGCGGCGCGCGCCGGGGCCGGGCGGGAGCGGGGCGAGGCGUGCGGGCGCCCGGCGCGAUGCCUCGGGCCGGCGGCCCCCGAGCGCCGCGCCCCGCCGCACUGCCCCGCAGCCUGUCCCGCCUGCGCGAGUGCCCGGGCCGCUCCCGCAUCGUGCUGGCGCUCGGGGCCACGCAGAUGGCGCUCGGAUGCCUCAUCGUGGCCGUCAGCUUCGCCGCGCUGGCGCUCACCACCUCGGCCCGCGUCCGCCACUCCUGCCCCUUCUGGGCCGGCUUCUCGGUGCUGCUGUCGGGACUCAUCGGCGUUGUCUCCUGGAAGAGGCCCCUCUCCCUCGUGAUAACCUUUUUCAUGCUGCUCUCCGCAGUGUGUGUAAUGCUGAAUUUGGCUGGCUCAAUUCUCUCCUGUCAGAAUGCUCAGCUAGUCAACUCCCUAGAAGGCUGUCAGCUGAUUAAGUUUGACAGUGUCGAGGUGUGUGUCUGCUGUGAAAUGCAGCACCAGUCAUCCGGCUGCAGCAACCUCGGGGAGACGCUGAAGCUGAACCCGCUGCGGGAGGACUGCAACGCUGUGAGGCUGACCUUGAAGGAUCUCCUCUUCAGCGUGUGCGCCCUCAAUGUCCUCUCCACCAUCGUGUGUGCCCUGGCCACAGCCAUGUGCUGCAUGCAGAUGGUCUCUGCUGAUGUCCUGCAGAUGUUCCUUCCGCAAAGGGCCCAUUCUGCCAGCCCCGCCUGUGUGACCCCUCAUGGCACCAUUCUCCACCAGACCCUGGAUUUUGAGGAGUUCGUGCCCCCUCUGCCACCUCCACCCUAUUACCCUCCCGAGUACACCUGUACGCCCACAGCCGAGGCCCACAGGGCUCUUCGUCUGGACUUUGCUCCCUCCUCCUUCAGCACUUUGUAUGACGCUGCCAUCAACAGCCCUGGCCUGCUCUACCCCGCCGAGCUCCCCCCGCCGUACGAGGCCGUGGUGGGCCCGACCGCGGCCAGCCAGCUCACAGUUGUAGAUCAGCAGGUGACCGAGUCCAGCUCCGGGGACCCAGAUGCCACUGCUGGCUUCAGCACGCAAGCACCGGCAGACGGCUCGAGCCUCCCAGCAUCUGAGGGCACCACAGCCCUAGGCCUGAGCUGCCCAUCGGCCAGCGGUCCUGCAGGCACCUCGUCACCCCCACAGCCUUCUCUGUGCCUGGGCCGUGCAUCCCUGGAGGGCCCCCAGCGGGGUAUGAGGACAAGGCCAGGUCCUGGGCGAGUGGCCCGCUCUGCCAGCGACCCCACCUCAUGCUCGUCCGGGCUGGCAGGUGACGGCCCCUCACACACCCCCUCCUGCAGCCGGGACCUUGAAGCAGGACUGCCCCAGGCUGCUCUGAGGACCGUUUCCCUGUCUCACUCUGUCAUGGCUGCCUGUGCUUGUCGGUACCAGCUUUCUUCCCCUGGAGAGCCAGACGCCUGGAAAAUGGACCAGAGGUUGAAGCCAGAGGCCUUGCACAUGGUCUCCAAAGAGCGGCCACACUCCUUAGUGGACAGCAAGGCCUAUGCAGACACCAGGGUUUUGGUGGCUAAAUUUUUGGAACAUUCGAACUGUGCCCUCCCUCCAGAGGUGCGGCACGUGGUGGGCGCCCUCCGCUCGGCGGUCACCUCCGAGGAGUGCCAUGUGGAGGAGGCCAUCUUCAGCGCCAGCGUUCGGGACCAGGUGUGAAUACGCCGUGGGUGUAGACGUGGACACGGACAGGCCUGGUGCCAGCGUGUCCUUGCUGGAGGCUGCUGUGCAUGGGGGAGCCCUGCAGCCGCAGGAGAAUCUCGGAGUGGCCCAGGCAAGGAGCCACUGUCCCCUCCUUGAGGGGGGUCCGAUCAGUGUUUUUAUGGGGAUGACACUUCCUACCCAUUCCAAUAUACAGAGAAUGAUUCCAUGUCCAUUGUGAACUGUUGGGUUUUGUCAGGCAUGUAGCAGCUUGAACACAGCGUUAGAGGAGCACAGUGACAGGUGACAUGUAACUAAGGACACGGUGUAUCUUCAGAAUUAGGGUCAUCAAAAAGCAGGCUGCUCACCCACCUCCAAUUUAGUUGAGAGAUUAAGUGGAUGGAGGGUGACAUCAAGUAAGGAGACCGUUUUGUUGUGUGGUCUGGGUCACUCAAUACCAACCCUUUAUCACAUGCUGGCUUUAAAGAAAAUCGGUACUUCUAGCACAGAGGGCAGCCUGGGCCUAACUUCCUGUGCACAAGGCUACAGAGUUAUUGUGCAAACACAUAUACAAUGGUGGGGGGGGGGGUUGUCUCUGCCGUGGUCUGGCCACCCCGGGAAGCAGACAGCUGUGCAAGAGGCUUUAAGGGACUCCCAUCCCCCUGCCUCCCCUCUCUGCCCUCCCUCCGUGGGUUGCCUUCUGCAUUUCCUGGUGAUUCCUCUCUGGUGGGCUGUCUUCAGUCCCCCACUGCUGAAAUGGUUUGACACCUUUACUUGUGAGUUGUUCCAUAACAGUAAGCCCCUGUGGGGGGUUUCCCCUGUAUCUGCCCUCACCAGGCUGAUGGGCAGAGGUCUGGGGGAAGAGGCGGGGUUGCCAGGGUGUCUGAUGACCCACAGCUGCCCAUCCCCAGCCAGGCAGCCGCAGCCAUGUGAGUGAGAGGAUGCAGACUGUAAACCAUUUCUCUCCAUGUGUAAGACAACCCCUGGGUGUGCAGGCAGGCCAGACUCCCCUGCGGCGGCUGCAGGGCCCAUUGACUCCCAUGGCCCC